AUGUCUACGGGAGCAAGCGGCGGCUACGUUCUAAACGCUCCGAGCAAUAGUCAUGAUAUGCAAAACAGAGAGGCGCACUCACAUGCACAGCUGACUGAGUACGACGACACAGUGGAUGAAGACCAAGUUUCCAGUCCGAGCAGACCAGGCACACCUACUGGUGGCGAUGUGCCAGACGAGGAAAAUCCGUCUAUCGAGGAAUCAGGUAAUCCGGGCAGCGAUGAAAAUAUAGCAGGUGGGGAAGACUCUUCGGAAUCAAACGGGGGCGAGUCCGGAGGUUCCAAUGACAAUGGGAGUGGAAACCCGGUCGGACUGCCUUCCACAGGAAAGAAUGGAAGUACGAACUGGGCUGGCGGUAUGAGUGAAGGUGGCGGUGCGAGCAGAUCGCAAGGAAAUGCGAGUUCAGGCAAGGAGUUCUUCCAUUCAAAGGCAACGGAAAUAUACGGGCUGUCUCAAUAUGAGUGCUGUCAUGACAAGUUGAAUCCUAAGACAGGCAUAUCAGAUUGCCCUGCACUCAGACACCUCUGCAACCAUACAUUAUAUUACGCACUUAUGACGGACCAGUGCCCAAAAACUUGCGGCCGAUGCAAGGAUGGGACUGUAGCUACGGGCGAAGAAUGCGUUGACAGGGUGAAUCCGAAAACAGGGAAGACAGAAUGUCCAGCGCUUAGAUACUUGUGUAAUCACCCUAUUUAUCACCCUCUCAUGAGAGACCAGUGCCCCAGGACAUGUAAUACGUGUACAACACAAGUUUUUGCUGCAGAAUGUAGAGAUCUUGCGAAUCCACUGACUGGCGUAUCGGAAUGUAAAUCCAAGGCUCAUUUGUGCACAAGUCUUAUCUACAGAUUUGUCAUGGAAGUGCAGUGCCCGAAAACCUGCAAUUUUUGUAAAUGA